CGGGAGGGGGCACCGGGAGGAGGUGAGUGUCUCUCGUCGCCUCCUCCUCUCCCCCCGUUUCGCCCCCGCCUCCUUGUGGCGAUGAGAAGGAGGAGGACAGCGCCGAGGAGGAAGAGGCUGAUGGCGGCGGCGGAGCUCCGGCAGACCUCGGCUGGGCAGGGGCCGGCCGCGGCGGGCUGGGGACUGCGCCUCUAGAGCCGCGAGUUCCCGGGGAUUCUCCGCAGCGGACGCGCUCGCGGGCGGUGCUGCUCAGCCCUCCUCCGGGCCUGGCCAGGCCCGGCCCCUCGCACUUGCCCCUACCUUUUCUACCGAGAUCGCAUCCCUCUCCCGGCCACCGCCACCCGGCGAAGAGAAAAAGGAACUUCCCCCACCCCCGUCGGUGUCGACGGAGACCCCCCCCAAAGCCCACUCCCCCCUCUCCGUAGCGGGGUGGGGAUCCCCGGCCGAAGAAGAGAUUUCCUGAGGAUUCGCGUUUUCCCUGCCUCAAUCUGCGAAAGAAUUAAAAAUGGCCGAGAAUGUGGUGGAACCGGGGCCGCCUUCAGCCAAGCGGCCUAAACUCUCGUCUCCGGCCCUCUCGGCGUCCGCCAGCGACGGCACAGAUUUUGGCUCUCUGUUUGACCUGGAGCACGACUUACCAGAUGAAUUAAUCAACUCUACAGAAUUGGGACUAACCAAUGGUGGUGAUAUUAGUCAGAUUCAGACAAGUCUUGGCAUAGUACAAGAUGCAGCUUCUAAACAUAAACAGUUGUCAGAAUUAUUACGAUCUGGUAGUUCCCCUAACCUCAACAUGGGGGUUGGUGGUCCAGGCCAGGUCAUGGCAAGUCAGGCCCAACAGAACAGUCCUGGAUUAGGUUUGAUAAAUAGCAUGGUCAAAAGCCCAAUGGCACAGCCUGGCUUGACUUCUCCCAACAUGGGUAUGGGCACCAGUGGACCAAAUCAGGGUCCUACUCAGUCCACAACAGGUAUAAUGAACAGUCCAGUAAAUCAGCCUGCCAUGGGAAUGAACACAGGGAUGAAUGCUGGCAUGAAUCCUGGAAUGUUGGCUGCAGGCAAUGGACAAGGGAUAAUGCCUAAUCAAGUCAUGAAUGGUUCAAUUGGAGCAGGACGAGGACGACCGAAUAUGCAGUACCCAAACCCAGGAAUGGGAAAUACUGGCAGCUUAUUGACUGAGCCACUGCAGCAGGGCUCUCCUCAGAUGGGAGGACAAGCAGGAUUGAGAGGCCCCCAGCCUCUUAAGAUGGGAAUGAUGAGCAAUCCCAAUCCUUACAGUUCACCAUAUUCUCAAAAUUCUGGACAGCAGCUUGGAGCCAGUGGCCUGGGUCUCCAGAUUCAGACAAAGACUGUACUACCAAAUAGCUUAUCUCCAUUUGCAAUGGACAAAAAGGCAGUUCCUGGAGGAGGGAUGCCCAACAUGGGGCAGCAACCUGCCCCCCAGGGCCAGCAGCCAGGCCUGGUGACUCCAGUCACUCAAGGGAUGGGUUCUGGAGCACACACUGCAGAUCCAGAGAAGCGCAAGCUCAUCCAGCAGCAGCUUGUACUCCUUUUACAUGCCCACAAGUGCCAGCGCCGGGAGCAGGCUAAUGGGGAAGUGAGGCAGUGCAACCUUCCCCACUGUCGUACGAUGAAGAAUGUUCUGAACCACAUGACACACUGCCAGUCAGGCAAGUCCUGCCAAGCAAUUUUGACUGGAGCACCUGUUGGGCUGGGAAACCCUAGUUCUCUCGGAGUGGGUCAACAGUCUACACCUAGCUUAAGCACUGUUAGUCAGAUUGAUCCCAGCUCUAUUGAGCGAGCCUAUGCAGCUCUUGGCUUACCCUAUCAAGUAAACCAGAUGCCACCACAACCGCAGGUGCAAACGAAGAACCAGCAGAAUCCCCAAUCUGGACAGUCUCCUCAAGGCAUGCGGCCCAUGAGUAACAUGAUGGUGGAAUUUUCUAUUCCUAGUGUUCAAGCCAUAUUUCCCACUCCGGAUCCUGCUGCUUUAAAAGACAGACGAAUGGAAAACCUGGUUGCAUAUGCUCGGAAAGUAGAAGGAGACAUGUAUGAAUCUGCAAAUAAUAGAGCAGAAUACUACCACCUUCUAGCUGAGAAGAUCUAUAAAAUCCAGAAAGAACUAGAAGAAAAACGAAGGACUAGACUACAGAAACAAAGUAUGCUACCAAAUGCAAGCAUGGUACCAGUUUCCAUGAAUCCAGGCCCUAACAUGGGGCAGCCACAACCAGGAAUGACUUCCAAUGGUCCUCUACCUGACCCAAAUAUGAUCCGUGGUAGUGUGCCAAAUCAGAUGAUGCCUCGGAUAACGCCACAACCUGGUUUGAAUCAGUUCAGCCAGAUGAAUAUUCCCCAGCCUCCUAUUGGACCCCGACAAACUUCUCCUCUUCAGCACCAUGGACAGAUGGCUCAGCCUGGUGCUCUCAAUGCGCCUAUGGGCUAUGGGCCUCGAAUGCAGCAGCCUUCCAGCCAGAGCCAAUUCCUCUCCCAGACUCAGUUCCCACCACAGGGCAUGAAUGUAACAAAUAUGCCUUUGGCUCCUUCCAAUGGUCAAGCACCAGUUUCUCAAGCACAAAUGUCCAGUUCUUCCUGCCCAGUGAAUUCUCCUAUAAUGCCUCCAGGGUCUCAAGGGAGCCACAUUCACUGUCCCCCUCUCCCUCAACAAGCUCUGCAUCAGAAUUCACCCUCUCCUGUACCUAGUCGUACCCCUACUCCUCAUCACACUCCUCCAAGCAUAGGGGCUCAGCAGCCUCCAGCAACAGCAAUUCCAGCACCUGUUCCUACACCUCCUACUUUGCCACCUGGGCCUCAGUCCCAAGCUCUACAUCCCCCGUCCAGGCAGACACCUACACCACCAACACAGCUUCCUCCUCAAGUGCAGCCUUCGCUUCCUGCUGCUCCUUCAGCUGACCAACCCCAGCAGCAGCCUCGGUCACAGCAGAGUAUAGCAGCCUCUGUUCCUACCCCAACUGCGCCCUUGCUGCCUCCUCAGCCUGCAACUCCGCUUUCCCAGCCUGCUAUAAGCAUUGAAGGACAGGUUUCAAACCCUCCAUCGACUAGUAGCACUGAAGUGAAUUCUCAGAAUAUCCCUGAGAAGCAGUCUUCACAGGAAGUAAAAACAGAGGUUAAAAUGGAAGUAGAUCAACCACAAUCAGCAGAUGCUCCACCUGAAGAUAUCCCAGAGGCCAAACCAGAAGACUGUAAAGUGGAACCUUCAGAACCAGAAGAGAGAGGUACCGAGUUGAAAAGUGAAAUAAAAGAGGAGGAAGAUCAGCCAAAUACUUCAGCUACUCAGUCCUCUCCAGCUCCAGGACAGUCAAAGAAAAAGAUAUUCAAACCAGAGGAAUUACGACAGGCUCUAAUGCCAACAUUAGAGGCACUUUACCGUCAGGACCCAGAAUCUCUUCCCUUUCGUCAGCCUGUGGAUCCUCAGCUUCUAGGAAUUCCUGAUUACUUUGAUAUUGUGAAGAGCCCCAUGGAUCUUUCUACUAUUAAGAGGAAGUUAGAUACUGGCCAGUACCAAGAACCCUGGCAAUAUGUGGAUGACAUUUGGCUCAUGUUCAACAAUGCAUGGUUAUAUAACCGGAAGACUUCCAGAGUAUACAAAUAUUGCUCCAAGCUAUCUGAGGUCUUUGAUCAAGAAAUUGACCCUGUCAUGCAAAGCCUUGGAUAUUGUUGUGGCAAAAAGUUGGAGUUCUCUCCACAGACACUAUGUUGCUAUGGCAAACAAUUAUGCACAAUCCCUCGUGAUGCUACUUACUACAGUUACCAGAACAGUACAAUAAAUAAAGAACAAUUUUCCAAGAGAAAAAAUGACACACUGGACCCUGAACUGUUUGUUGAAUGUACAGAGUGUGGAAGGAAAAUGCACCAAAUUUGUGUUCUCCAUCAUGAGAUCAUCUGGCCAGCUGGGUCUUUUGUGUUCCUAGGAUUGCCAUCUACCCGGCUUGGCACCUUUCUAGAGAAUCGUGUGAAUGAUUUUCUGAGACGACAAAAUCAUCCUGAAUCAGGAGAGGUCACUGUUAGGGUUGUACAUGCUUCUGACAAAACUGUGGAAGUCAAGCCUGGCAUGAAAGCAAGGUUUGUAGAUAGUGGAGAGAUGGCUGAAUCCUUCCCAUACAGAACCAAAGCCCUUUUUGCCUUCGAAGAGAUUGAUGGUGUUGACUUGUGCUUCUUUGGCAUGCAUGUUCAAGAGUAUGGCUCUGACUGUCCUCCACCCAACCAGAGGAGAGUAUAUAUAUCUUACCUCGAUAGUGUUCACUUCUUCCGUCCUAAAUGCUUGAGGACUGCAGUAUAUCAUGAAAUUCUAAUUGGAUAUUUAGAGUAUGUCAAGAAAUUAGGAUACACAACAGGACAUAUUUGGGCCUGUCCACCAAGCGAGGGCGAUGACUAUAUCUUCCAUUGUCAUCCUCCUGACCAGAAGAUACCCAAGCCUAAACGCUUGCAGGAAUGGUACAAAAAGAUGCUUGACAAGGCUGUAUCAGAGCGUAUUGUCCAUGACUACAAGGAUAUUUUAAAACAAGCUACUGAAGAUCGACUAACAAGUGCAAAGGAAUUGCCGUACUUUGAGGGUGAUUUCUGGCCCAAUGUUCUGGAAGAGAGCAUUAAGGAACUGGAACAGGAAGAAGAAGAAAGAAAGAGGGAAGAGAACACCAGCAAUGAAAGCACUGAUGUGACAAAAGGUGACAGCAAAAAUGCUAAAAAGAAGAAUAAUAAGAAAACCAGCAAAAAUAAAAGCAGCCUGAGUAGGGGCAACAAAAAGAAGCCUGGUAUGCCCAAUGUGUCUAAUGACCUGUCUCAGAAACUGUAUGCCACCAUGGAGAAGCAUAAAGAGGUCUUCUUUGUGAUUCGCCUCAUUGCUGGCCCCGCUGCCAAUUCCCUGCCUCCCAUUGUUGAUCCUGACCCUCUAAUCCCCUGUGAUCUGAUGGAUGGUCGAGAUGCAUUCCUCACCCUGGCAAGAGAUAAGCAUCUGGAAUUCUCUUCAUUGAGAAGAGCCCAGUGGUCUACCAUGUGCAUGCUGGUGGAGCUGCAUACGCAGAGCCAGGACCGCUUUGUCUACACCUGCAAUGAGUGCAAACACCAUGUGGAGACAAGAUGGCACUGCACUGUCUGUGAGGAUUAUGAUUUGUGUAUCACCUGCUAUAACACUAAAAAUCAUGACCACAAAAUGGAGAAACUAGGCCUUGGCUUAGAUGACGAGAGCAACAACCAGCAGGCAGCAGCCACUCAGAGCCCAGGAGACUCUCGCCGCCUGAGCAUUCAGCGCUGCAUCCAGUCUCUGGUACAUGCCUGUCAGUGCCGUAAUGCCAACUGCUCCCUGCCGUCCUGCCAGAAGAUGAAGCGGGUCGUACAACAUACCAAAGGCUGCAAACGGAAAACCAAUGGCGGGUGCCCCAUCUGUAAGCAGCUCAUUGCCCUCUGUUGCUACCAUGCCAAGCACUGCCAGGAGAACAAGUGUCCCGUGCCAUUCUGCCUCAACAUCAAGCAGAAGCUUCGGCAACAGCAGCUGCAGCACCGGCUCCAGCAGGCUCAGAUGCUCCGCAGAAGGAUGGCCAGCAUGCAGAGGACGGGUGUGGCUGGGCAGCAGCAAGGCCUGCCGUCCCCAACCCCUGCCACUCCAACCACACCCACUGGCCAGCAGCCAGCUACCCCACAAACACCCCAGCCCCAGCCCCCAGCUCAGCCCCAGCCCACCCCUCCCAGCAGCAUGCCGCCCUACUUGCCUAGGACUCAAGCUGCUGGCCCUGUGUCCCAAGGCAAGGCAGCAGGCCAGGUGACCCCUCCCACCCCCCCUCAGACUGCUCAGCCACCCCUUCCAGGACCACCACCUGCAGCAGUAGAAAUGGCGAUGCAGAUUCAGAGGGCAGCUGAGACGCAGCGCCAGAUGGCCCAUGUGCAAAUUUUUCAACGGCCAAUUCAACAUCAAAUGCCCCAGAUGACCCCCAUGGCCUCCAUGGGCAUGAACCCACCUCCCAUGGCCAGAGGGCCUAGUGGGCAUAUGGAACCCGGGAUGGGGCCCACUGCAAUGCAGCAGCAGCCACCCUGGGUUCAAGGAGGAUUGCCUCAGCCCCAGCAACUUCAGUCUGGGAUGCCAAGGCCAGCCAUGAUGUCAGUGGCCCAACAUGGUCAGCCCUUAAACAUGGCUCCGCAACCAGGACUGGGCCAAGUAGGUGUGAGCCCACUAAAACCCGGCACUGUGUCUCAACAAGCCUUACAAAACCUCUUGCGGACUCUCAGGUCUCCCAGCUCUCCCCUCCAGCAGCAACAGGUGCUUAGUAUCCUGCACGCCAACCCCCAGCUGUUGGCUGCAUUCAUCAAACAGCGGGCUGCCAAGUAUGCCAACUCGAACCCACAACCUCUCCCUGGGCAACCUGGCAUGCCCCAGGGACAGCCAGGGCUACAGCCGCCUACCAUGCCGAGUCAACAGGGCGUCCACUCCAACCCAGCUUUGCAGAACAUGAAUCCCAUGCAGGCAGGUGUCCAGAGGGCUGGCUUGCCCCCACAGCAGCCGCAGCCACAGCUGCAGCCACCCAUGGGAGGCAUGAGUCCCCAAGCGCAGCAAAUGAACAUGAAUCACAACACCAUGCCCCCGCAGUUCCGAGACAUCUUGAGACGGCAACAAAUGAUGCAGCAACAGGGAGCAGGGCCAGGCAUCGGCCCAGGAAUGGCCAACCACAACCAGUUCCAGCAACCUCAAGGGGUUGGCUACCCGCCCCAGCAGCAGCAGCAGCAGCAACGAAUGCAGCAUCACAUGCAACAGAUGCAACAGGGGAAUAUGGGACAGAUGGGACAGCUCCCUCAGGGCUUGGGAGCAGAGGCUGGUGCCAGUCUGCAGGCCUAUCAGCAGCGGCUCCUUCAGCAACAGAUGGGAUCCCCUGCUCAGCCCAACCCAAUGAGCCCUCAACAGCAUAUGCUCCCCAAUCAGGCCCAGUCCCCACACCUUCAAGGCCAACAGAUUCCUAAUUCUCUCUCCAAUCAAGUUCGAUCCCCCCAACCUGUCCCUUCUCCUCGGCCUCAAUCCCAGCCCCCCCACUCCAGCCCAUCUCCAAGGAUGCAGCCUCAGCCUUCUCCACACCAUGUUUCCCCACAGACCAGCUCCCCACAUCCAGGACUGGUAGCUGCCCAAGCCGCCAACCCCAUGGAACAAGGGCAUUUUACCAGUCCGGACCAGAAUUCAAUGCUUUCUCAGCUUGCUAGCAAUCCAGGCAUGGCAAACCUCCAUGGUGCAAGCGCCACGGACCUGGGACUCAGCACCGAUAACUCAGACUUGAAUUCGAACCUCUCACAGAGUACACUAGACAUACAUUAGAGACACCUUGUAUUUUGGGAGCAAAAAAAUUAUUUUCUCUUAAGACUUUUUGUACUGAAAACAAUUUUUUUGAAUCUUUCUUAGCCUAAAAGACAAUUUUCCUUGGAACACAUAAGAACUGUGCAGUAGUGUUUGUGGUUUGAAGCAAACAUGCAAGAUGAACCUGAGGGAUACUAGAAUACAAAGAAUAUAUUUUUGUUAUGGCUGGUUACCCCAGUCUUUUUCUUCCCUUGUGUGUGUGGUUCAAGUGUGCACUGGGAGGACGCUGAGGCCUGAAGCCACCACUGCUCCUGCCUUGCACCUCCAAUAGGUUUUAUUAUUUUUUUUAAAUUAAUGAAAAUAUGUAAUAUUAAUAGUUAUUAUUUACUGGUGCAGAUGGUUGACAUUUUUCCCUAUUUUCCUCACUUUAUGGAAGAGUUUAAAAAAAAAACAUUUCUAAAACCAGAGGACAAAAGGGGUUAAUGUUACUUUAAAAUUACAUUAUAUAUAUAUAUAUAUAAAUAAAUAUAUAUAAAUAUAUAUUAAGAUACCAAUUUUUUCUCUGGGUGCAAAGACGUUCAUUCUUUUAAAAAUGUUUAAAAAAAAAAUCUCCCUUUCCUCCCUCAAGUCAACUUUUGUGCUCCAGAAAUUUUUCUAUUCCGUCAGUCUGAGCGUAAAACUUCAAGUAUUAAAAUAAUUUGUACAUGUAGAAAGAAAAAUGACUUUUUCAAAAGAAUAUACAGGGGCAGCUGCCAAAUUGAUGUAUUAUAUAUAUUGUGGUUUUUGUUUCUUGAAAGAAUUUUUUUUUUUUCGUUAUUUUUACAUCUAACAGGAAAAACAAUUAAAAAGAGGGUAAGAAACGAUUCCGGUGGGAUGAUUUUAACAUGGAAAAUGUCCCUGGGGUUUCUUCUUUGCUUGCUUUCUUCCUCUUUACCUUCCCCUCCCACACACACAUACACACACACACACACACACACACAUACAUUCUGUAAAACUUGAAAAUAGAAAGCAAAAACCCUCAACUGUUGUAAAUCAUGGAAUUAAAAGUUGAUUACUUAUAAAUAUGAACUUUGGAUCACUGUAUAGACUGUUAAAUUUGAUUUCUUAUUACCUAUUGUUAAAUAAACUGUGUGAGACAGACA